CAGAGAAGUGAUGCUGCGGCUGCAGAGAUGCAGCAGGGGUGCAGUCGCCGAGGUGGGAGCACGCACUGGGUAGACGCCGCUCCAUGCCAUGCCGCCGCCAGCGCCUCGCCUUCGCGCUCUGCUGACGGCGCCUCUGCAGCACUGCCACUCGCAGCUCGUGCUCAACGCCAGCUUCGGCGCCACGGCCUGCCUGCGCCUGCUCAUCUCCAAGGCGCUGGGGCUCGGCAUUGUGCUCUUCGGCAGCAUCCUCAAGCUGCCGCAGAUGGCCAAGAUUGUGCGCGCGCACUCGGCGCGCGGCGUCAGCGUCGAGAUGUACGCGCUCGAGGUCGUCGCGUACACCAUCAGCCUGGCGUACGCCGUGCGCCUCGGCAUCCCGUUCAGCACGUACGGCGAGAACGCCAGCCUGACGCUGCAGAACAUGGUCAUCACGCUGCUCAUCCUCUACUACGCGCCCCUGCCGCGGCUGCAGCGCGUUCUGCCCGUCUCGCUGCGCCCGCCGCGAGCGCGCGUAGCAGCAGCGGCAGUCAUCAUGCUGCUCUUCUCGCUGGCGCUGGCGUCGCCGACGCUCGUGCCGCCGGGCGCGCUGGCCGUGCUGCAGGCAACGACAAUUCCCGUGUCGCUGGCGAGCAAGGUGCCGCAGAUGCAGGAGCUGGCGCGCCGCAAAGAGACGGGCCAGCUCAGUGCCGUCGUCGUCUUUGCCCAGCUGGCGGGCACCGUGGCGCGCGUCUUCACCACGGCCACCGAGACGCACGACGCGCUGCUGCUCUGGGGCUUUGCGCUCGCCUCGCUCUUCAACGCCGUCAUUGCCGUGCAGUACGUGUGCUACUGGAACGGCGGCAGCAGCGGCGGCAGCAGCAGCGGCGACGGGCGGCUGCUGCCCUCGGCGCACGCACACAAGUGGGAGUGCGACGAGCGGCCGCUCUCCCAUCCGCUCUCGCAGACACAGAGCUGGGGCCAUCCGUCCGCGCCGCCGCCCGGUGCGCACGCGGUGCAGCUCGGCGUGCCGGGCGCCGGCGGUGGUGCAGCCAAGACGGCGCGCAAGCUCGACUGAGCCCGCCCGCGUGCUACCAUAGAUGUGUGUGCUGUCACUGCUGGGCUGCCCAAUAUCACUGUAUUGCUAG